AUGGUCCUCCUCUGUCUCUUCCUCGCCAGCUUGGCUGCCACCCCUCAGGCUGGGGUCACUGGGGCAUGGCCCACCAGCGGCCUCUCCAUUCUGGCCCAGCUCCAGCCGUCCUGUGAGCUCAAGUGGACUCAGCUUUCCAGGUCGUCCUGGAGAGAUCUGGUCAUGACCACAUCACUCUGGAUUCUGGUGCAUUUCCAGCAUUUUUCCCAGGAAACUACAACUCAGGAGCAGCCAGAUGAGCUGGAAGAGAUCCCCAGAGAGAGCCACGGGAGGCAGGACUUCCACGCCCUCUCCUGUCCCACCGCCUCCCCAAGAGACAGACUCUUGCUCUGUUGUCCAGGCUGGAGAGCAAUAGUGCCGUCAUAG